AUGAAGAUCUUUGUCUUCCUUGUCUUCCUGGGCACUACUGUUGCCCUCCCCAUUGAUGACGAUGAUGACAAGAUCAUUGGAGGCUACACCUGUCAGAAGAAUUCCCUCCCCUACCAGGUGUCACUGAAUGAUGGCUCCCACAGGUGUGGGGGCUCCCUUAUCACUGACCAGUGGGUAGUGUCUGCGGCUCACUGCUACAAAGCUGGGGUGCGAAUCCAGGUGCAUCUGGGAGAACACAACAUUAACAUCAUUGAAGGGGAUGAGCAAUUCAUUGAUGUACAGAAGAUCAUUAUCCACCCUGAAUACACAUCCGAAGAUACCAUCAUCAAUGGGGAAGUCCAACUCAAGUUUAACAAUGACAUCAUGCUACUUAAACUGAAGAACCCUGCCAGCCUCAACUCUCGAGUGUCCACUCUCUCUCUUCCCAAAUCCUGUUCAUCUGCUGGAACUCAGUGUCUCGUGUCUGGCUGGGGCAAUACAGUGAUCAUUGGCAAUAAAUACCCUUCCCUUCUCCAGUGCCUGAAUGCUCCUGUCCUGUCGGAUGCUGCUUGUCACAAUUCCUACCCAGGCCGCAUCACUAGCAACAUGUUCUGCCUGGGCUUCCUGGAGGGGGGAAAGGACUCCUGCCAGGGUGACUCUGGGGGACCUGUGGUCUGCAAUGGAGAGCUCCAGGGUGUGGUCUCCUGGGGCAUGGGCUGUGCUCUGAAAGGUAAACCUGGUGUCUACACCAAGGUGUGCAACUACCUGGACUGGAUUCAGGAGACCAUUGCUGCCAACUGA